UAUCGCGCAUAUUCCAUGCCCAGCUGGGAACGUAAACAAAGUUCGGCAGACCGCACACUCAUGCAGAAUUGCAGAAUUCCGUAAUAUAUUUCAUCAAAUUAGAUAGGAAUCGUCAGCAGAAAGCACCACGGCAGUUUACACACACAAGUCCACAAGUCAAUUGUCAGAAUGAAAGACGCUAAGCCCUUUCCCGUGCUUAAGAACGACAACCUGCUGCGAGCUGCACGCGGCGAGGUGGUGGACCGCGUGCCCGUCUGGGUUAUGCGCCAGGCCGGUCGCUAUCUGCCAGAGUUCCAGGAGCUGCGCAAGCAACAUGACUUCUUCACAGUCUGUCGCACUCCAGAGCUGGCCUGCGAAGUAACCAUGCAGCCGCUGCGCCGCUUUGACCUUGAUGCCUCCAUUAUCUUCUCGGACAUCUUGGUUAUCCCACAAGCCCUUGGUAUUACAGUGGAGACAGCCGGUGUUGGUCCCGUCCUGCCGCAGCCCAUCAAAGUACCCGAGGACCUGAAGCGCCUCACUCCUGACGGAGCCUUGUCCCGUCUCAGUUAUGUGGGCGAUGCCAUCACAAUGAUGCGGCACAAGCUGGAGGGCCGAGUGCCGCUUAUCGGAUUCACCGGGGCGCCCUGGACGCUUAUGGGCUACAUGAUCGAAGGCGGGGGCAGCAAGACCAUGUCCAAGGCAAAGGCGUGGCUUACUGACUAUCCCGAGGACACCAAGCUGUUCCUCAGCUUGCUUACCGAUUCCAUUGUCGACUAUCUGGAGAUGCAGGUGAAGGCAGGCGCACAAAUGCUUCAGGUCUUCGAAUCCUCCGCAGAGCACCUCUCAAAGGAGGAGUUUCUGCAGUGGGCAGUACCCUACUUGAAGAGAAUACAUGAGCUGGUGGACCGCCUGACCAAAACGAUCCCGGUUGUGCCAUUGUAAACUCUUUUCGCCAAAGGUGCGGGACACUCGCUGAAGGAGCAGAGCGAACUAGGCUACGACGUCAUUGGACUGGAUUGGACCGUGGAUCCCAUAGAAGCACGCAAUGUAGUGGGACCAAACAUCACGCCAGGCAACCUGGAUCCCCAGGACAUGUAUCGUGACGCCGACGAGCUGCGCGACCACACCGAGAUGGUGCACAAGUUCGGCAAGUCGCGCUACAUCGCCAAUCUGGGCCACGGAAUUACGCCUCAGACCCCGAUUACAAGCAUGGAGGUACUGGUGGAGGCGGUGCACAAGGCCUUAUAAGCGACGGGAACUUUCCUAUUGAUUCAAUAUUUAAUGAUGCUUUUAUCGAAUGCAAUAAAGACAAUUUGGCCUUUUUGGUUUAGGGUAA